AUGGAAGCCUCCGACACCCCCGCCCCAGUCGUGCCGUCGCCGCCAGCGUUCAUCAGCCGUCCCGGUCCUGUGGGCGGAUGCGGUGAAGGGGGUUUCCAAACUUUUCUCCAUGGCAAGUAUUUAUCAUUUCCCAGUUAUGUAUGCGCUGAUUCGUUCUCCGGUUCCAGUUCGAUGACUUCUACUCACCGGACACUGGGACGCAAUGCAGUUGGUAUUAUGGAAGCCUCUGAUCCCCUCGCCACAGUCGUGCCAUCGCAGCCAGCGCUCGUCAGCCGUCCCGGUCCAGUGUGCGAGAGCGGUGAAGAGGUCUUCCAACCCGUCGCCGCCGGCAAGUAUACUAGCAACUUGCACAAUUCAACAAUUGACUGCCUCCCUGCUUCCAGCUCAAACUUACAUAGACUACCUGCUCUUCGAAACGUUUUAAAAAUUCACGUUUAUUAUCAGAACGCUGGCGGUAUGAAUUCAUGCUUGGAGAACUACCGACUAGCCUGUUCGGACGACUGUUUUGAUAUCAUCGCAUUAACAGAAACUUGGCUGACCGAAAAUACGCUGUCCAUACAAGCAUUCGAUAGCAACUACGAAGUAUUUCGAACCGAUCGCAGCUCCCGCAAUAGUAACAAAAUCAUCGGUGGUGGAGUUCUUGUUGCUAUUCGUCGUCGUUUGAAAGCACAACUUUUGCAGAACGCUUCUGAAAACAACGUUGAGCAGGUAUGUGUGAAGAUCAGUUUGAGUGAUAGCUCAUCAUUAUUUCUCUGUGUGGUUUAUCUUCCACCGGACCGGAUACGUGACCUGUCACUGAUCGAUACGCAUAUACAAUCGAUAGACGAAAUUACUUCCGUUCAUAUGCGACCUAGUGAUGAAAUCUUUAUUAUCGGUGAUUUCAAUUUUCCCGGCCUGAAAUGGAUCCCCGCUUCGGACGGUUUCCUGUAUGUAGAUCCGUUACAUUCAUCCUUCCACACUGGUAUCACGAACUUGCUUGACCGAUACAGUCUCAACCUGUUACGUCAAGUGAAUCACGUUCAAAAUGAGAAUGGCAGAAUACUCGACCUCUGUUUCUCGAGCCAAUCCGAUUGUGCACCCAGAAUUAUCGCAGCACCCUUUCCUCUGGUGAAAUCCGUUAGACACCACCCUCCGCUCCACAUUGUACUCGAAUCAGAUGGAUCGUCGCACGAUCGAUAUAAUUCUCGCAUCGUCAGCUACAAUUUCAAAAAAGCCGACUACAAUAGUAUCAUUGUUUUUCUUUCUAACUUGACCUGGAGUGAAAUUCUUGACAACGACGAUGUUAAUCUUGCGACUCAAUCCUUUUCUAACGUUAUGACGUAUGCAAUCGAUCAAUACGUUCCUAAGCGAAUUAUUCAGCCCUCCAAACAGGCUCCGUGGCAAACCGCAGAGCUAAUACGUAUGGAUCCAACGUGUGUUCUAUGUUCAAUGUGUUUCAAAAAAUCAUCGCAUCGUCUUCAUAAGUAUAAAAUGUGCACUUCUGGAGGAGGAGGAUGUUGUGAUUGUGGUGAUAGUGAGGCUUGGAAACGUGACCCGAUCUGUGAAGAACAUAAAACUAAUGUUGCUGAUAUUGCAGAUUUUUCCGUCAUAACAGAAAAAGUAAGGCUGUGCAGUGAAAUAAUUUUUAAGGGUGUUUUGCAGUAUUGCACCAAAACACUGCAAGUACAAUCUAAUAGUAGUUUGUCGGAUUUCGGUGAUGAGGACGUAGAUGAUUAUUGCACGAUUUUAUAUAACGAUGAGACACAUACUUUCGAACAGGUAAUCCAAACUUUAACCGCUAUCGUGAAAUGUUCUCAAAAAGAGGCUAUUGAGUACGUCACUAGUAUCGAUCGGGAAGGAAGAGCAGUAGUGAAAUGUGCUUCAUUUGAGCAGUGUAAGAAGUUGAAGGAAGAUAUCGAAAAUAGGGCUAUUCGAUCAACAAUGACAACCAAAUCUUCUCCUUUAAAAGUUACAGUGCUUCAUAAAUCUGAGGUAGCCUGUCAACAUUUGGCAAUGCAGAUUCUUGGCUGGUUUCAAGAUUUUGUGACCAAACACUCAACGUUUAGGUCAAUAUUUUGUACGAUAGUGGGAGAAGUUGGUGUGGCAUACAACUUAAAACAAAUCAUAAGUAAUGAUCACAAACUAUGGAAAUCCGCACGUACUUGUUGGCACAGACUGCUGAUUUCGGGCAUGUUAAUGGAGUACAACAAUAAAAAGGCGCUAGCUGUUAUGUUCACAAAACUAUAUGCCAAUCUGAUGCAAGACUUCAUUAGAGAUGACCAUUAUCAUUCAUUUUCGAUUGCUUCGCUUAGUGUGCAGCUAUUUACUGUGCCAACUAUUGCACAUCAUCUGAUUGCUCAUGAGUUAGCUUUUUUCAAACUAAUGCAUACGUUUUACUCUGAAUCUAUUGAAAAAUAUAUCAAAAACAAACAUCUACAAUUCGCUAAGAAUACGUCGACGAUGAACGUAUUUAAACGUGCAUCUUAUAUUUUAAUCGAUUUGAAAUACAUGCUCAGUUUCAAACCCGAUGUGUGGACACAAGAACUACGUACAGGAUUCCUCCAUGGUGUUCAGAUUUUAAUACGUUUACUAAAAUGUAUGCAAGGUAUGGAUGCUGUUACUCGACAAAUAGGUCAACAUAUGGAGUACGAACCUGAAUGGGAAACUGCGUUCACUCUGCAUUUGAAACUCUCCCACCUUAUUACUUUGAUUUUAGAAUGGUGCAGCACGGAUAAAGUAGUGCUUGUAAAAGUAUAUCGUAUGUUAUUGGCUGCAUUAACUGAAAUCAAAUUCAUAGUAUCUGAAACUAAUGUCGAAGUAAAAGAGCUAGCGGAUCACAGUGCUUCAUGCCUGAUUUACGAUGUGGCAUCUAAACCGGUUUCAAUACAUUUACCGCUAACACGUUUUCUAGCCGGUCUUUAUAUCCAUUUCGAAAAGUUUAAUUUAACGUACGAUACAGUAGCAUCAUCCUUAACUGAUAAGCCAACUCCAGAACAAAUUAUUGAGCCUGUAUUGUGUACGAGAACGAUGAUAUCACAGGUAUACGCCGGUAUGUGGCGCAGAAAUGGUUAUUCAUUAUUAAAUCAGCUUUACUUCUACCGUAAUGUCAAGUGUCGUUAUGAAAUGCUAGACCGUGACAUAGCUAUAUUGCAGAUUGGUGCUUCUUUGAUUGAAAGUAAUGAAUAUCUUAUUCAUAUUAUGAGCAAAUUCAACUUAAUUGAAUGGACAUACGAUGAUUUCGAUGUCUCAACUGUAACUAAUCCAGAGGAAGAUGGAAUCAGACAGAUUAUCAAUAUGGUUGACGAAUUUCUAGAGCUAUUGAUAGUUAUUAUUGGUGAGCGUUUCGUUCCUGGAAUAGGAAUGGUGACAGAGGAAACUCGAAUAAAGAAAGAAAUCAUACAGCAAUUGUGCAUUAAACCUUAUUCUCAUUCAGAGUUAAAUCGCGCUCUUAAUGAAGAUUGUAGUAGCGAAACUGGAAUGGAAAGUGUAAUUGACGAAAUCGCAACAUUCGAAAAGCCGACUAAAUCUGAUAAAAAAGGAGUUUAUAAACUGAAAGCCCAGUACUUCAGUUGGUACAAUAUUUACUUUUAUCAUUACAGUAAAGAAGAUAAGUCCAAAUCUGAAGAAGCACAAAGAAAACGUUGUAAGGAAAGGAAUGAAUUAGUAUGUUGUCCACCUCCAGAGUUACCACAACUCACACAAUCAUUCAGUAUGAUCGCUAAUCUUCUUCAGUGUGAUGUAAUGUUACUUGUUAUGAACACUGUUUUGAAGCGUACGCUAGACCUGAAAGCUAUCACUUUUGCGGAAAGUCACUUGCAGAAGGUUCUUCAUUUGAUUGGCUACGCACUUCAAGAAGAGAACUCAGGACACUAUCCAUUUUUAAAAUUUAUUGAGUGUUCCAGCAAGACAAAUCUUUUGGCGAUGUUGGAAGAUUUAGUGAAUUAUGCAAGAGUUGAAUCUCAAAGAGAUCUUUUAUUAUGGGUUAUUCAAAAAUAUAAGCAUCUCAUGCUAAAAAUGAAAAAUCAAAAUAUGGAUGAGGAUUUCGCACUGUCCAAGCAAGAGCGGGCGUCUUCUGUAAAUCAUACCGAACUGGAGCGAUUAGAAAAAGAAGAACGAGCAAAAAUGGCAGCUCAAAGACGUGCACAAAUUCUUGCCCAAAUGCAGAGCGCACAGAAAAAAUUUAUGAGCUCCAACGCCGAACUUUUUGAAGAUAAUAGCGAAGAGGAAAGAAUAAAUGUAUGUACCAUGGAUUGGCAAUCCGAAGAAACAAAUAAGCUGGCAUGUUUAGGCUCAAAUAGAAGAAUACAACGACCAGAGGAAGCGCGCUAUAGAUGUAUUCUCUGUUCCGAGGAAUCUCCCGUCACAAAGAACGACGUUUGCAUGGUGUAUGCUGCAUUCGUACAAAAGUCGAGCGUACUUUCCCGAUAUCAGCAAACGGAUGACCACGGGCAAUUGAAAUAUUUAGAAACAAGUACUCAUCCAUCUCCACAUGUAAGCACAUGUGGGCAUGUCAUGCAUGCUACCUGUUUUGAAGAAUUUUUCAGCAAUGAAAUGAUUAAGGAAAAUCGUAGACCAUACAGAAAUCGGACACCAAUGCUUUUCGACACUGAAAAACGAGAAUUUUUAUGUCCCCUCUGUCGAUGUUUGAGUAACGCUUUGUUACCACUUUUACCAGCACUUGGAUGUUUUAACGAAAGUAGUAGUUUUUUGAAAAUAGUACCUGAUGAAAUAGAUUUUAAAAACUGGUUUGAAAUGAUGGAGGAAUUCGUCAAAGCAUUCAGAUAUUCCAGCAAGCAAGCACAACGAGAUCCGGAUUCUGAAGACGCUAUUAGGCAAGUUCAACUAGUUUAUAGAACAACAUUGUUGAACAGAUUCACUUCGGCUUUUGAUGUGAAUACAGAAACGAUGAACGAACAUACAAAACCACUUGUCAGCGAAAUAAUUGAAGAUUACAUUGAUAAAUUCUGCUUAGCUGUUCACGAGGUGGCACCAUUUCCAACGACAAUGAAACAUUUUGAAGAAUACGUUGUAACCUGGAUGUCGUGCGCUUACACAAUAGAAUCUUUAGAGAUGUUAUUACGCGCCACCGAAAAGCCAUUGUCCGGAGAGUUAUCUAUUCGGUUCACAUCUUGUCUAUCUGGAUUUGUGCGAGUAUCAUCAGUUCUAGGAAACAACAUUAAAGCGUAUAGUCCAAAUUUCGUAGAUUACAUGUGCGAUUUACAUGAUACGUUAUUAGGAAGAAAAAAAUCAAAAUUCUUGGAAUGGGAUGUGUUCGGAAUGAUGACUUCUCUGAUAUUUGCAACCCGUUGUGUGUUGUUUAGUAUAAGUAAAGAGGAUACUAUACCAAAAGGCAGUAGUUUAGAACAUAGCAUUUUAAUUGCAAUGUUUCUUGUAAACGCAGUGAGAAUUAUCCUUACACAUGAAGUUAAAUUUCCAAUUGUUAUGGAUAUUGAUGGUGUUUUAACUGAAGGUGACAUGAAACAUAAUGAAUAUCUAAUCGAUAUAUUCAAAAAAUACAAUAUAUACCAUGAUGAUGAACGAUCGUUGGAAAAUUUGAUACUCCCACAUUUGCAAGAUACAGUAAGAGAACAGAGUCGGACUUUUCUAAGAUGUGCUAGUUUACUGUUCCAUGCAAUAACGGAUAUAGAGCUCCCGAAGGACGAUGGAUACGAUUCUCUAACUGCAUAUUUGGGUCUUAAUUCUGACAUAAGCUCAUAUUUCAGUAAUGAUACCUAUUACCAAUUCAUAUCGUCUAUCAUUGACGCCAACCAUCAAGAAAUACAAACUGUAAAACAAAAUAUCAGAAGAAAACAAUCAAGGGAUAUCGUUCCAAUCAUACAGGCAUUGCCACCUAUUAGACAACUUAUAGAGUUACCCGAUGAUUACAGUGAUUUAAUAAACAGUGUUUCUUUUUUUUCGUGCCCAAAUAAUGUACGCGAUGAGUCUCGAAAUCCAACAAUGUGUUUGGUGUGUGGAGAGGUAUUAUGUUCUCAGUCAUUUUGCUGCCAGAAAGACCUGGAUAAAAACUCAGUUGGGUCUUGUACAUACCACGUGCAUACAUGUGGAGCAGGUAUUGGUAUAUUUUUAAGAAUACGGGAUUCAGAAGUAUUGCUACUCGGUAUGAAUAAAGGCUGUUUUAUCCCUGCUCCAUACUUGGAUGAAUAUGGCGAGACAGACCAAGGUUUACGUAGAGGUAAUCCUCUCAGAUUGUGCAAGGAACGAUAUAGAAAACUUCACAUAAUCUGGCUUAGUCAUGGAAUACACGAGGAAAUUGCUCGUAGAACUGAAACUCAGCAGACCUUGUUUGCUACACAGUGGCAAAACCUUUGAGAAUAUCUUUGCAUAUUGAAUACGUAACACCAAACAUAUGCACAGAGCCGUAGUAAUGAAAAUGCACCAGUAGUCAUAAUUCAAUUCAUUAGUUUAUUUGAAAAAAAAAAUUGGAUAUGUUUUCUGUGAUUGUUUUGUUUAUAUUUAACUGAAAAUAAACUGUUGAUAGAAUGUAGAAUUUCACUAUAUGAGAGUAAUAAAUGACUUACAUCUAGUUCGUACGCUAGAUUUCAAGCGAA